CCGAGGGAGCGGGCGCCGUCGGAGGGUCAGUGCUGAGGGAGCGGGCACUGUCGGAGGGUCAGUGCCGAGGGAGUGGACACUGUCACAGGGCAACAGGAGCAGACCAAGUGGUUGGAAUGGGUCUGGUGGGGUUCAGCUUAGUGGUUUUCACAUACUACACAAUCUGGGUCAUUGUUCUGCCAUUUGUGGACAGUAGCCAUAUUCUUCACAGCUAUUUCCUGCCGCGUGAGUAUGCUGUGAUCUUGCCUGCAGUUGCUGGUCUUCUCCUGGUUUUAUUAGUUGGAACAUUUAUUGCUGUCAUUAUGUGGAAAAGCAGGAAACCUACAAAGAAAACAGAUUAGACAGGAUUCAGAGGGAAACAACAGAUCAUCCCAAUGUCGGCUUGUCCAGAUCAGAAAAUGGAUUAAGCAGAGGAUUUCCAUACAGAUAACGGAUUAACAAACUUUCCUGCUUUGAGAUGCCACCUUCCUGUUGUUUAUUGACUGUCUCUUGUGUUCGAUCAGUGCUUUAUUCCAGUUAGUGGCAGGAUUCAGCUGAUUCCCGAUUUGGACACAGUACCCUCUUGUGUCAGUCUGCCUGUAAUUCCAGUGUUCAAUUUGAGUAUCAUGCCUAGUUGGACAGAAACGCAUGUAUCCACAAAAAAAAAUCAGUUUUAUUUGUGUAAUAAUUGGAUAAAAUUAGGAUUUGUGAAUUAUGCUUACUUACAGGAGAAGCUGAAUUGUUUAAUUUUUGUACUCUGGAGAUGCUGCCAGAAAUAGCUCCUCUUACCAAGCAGAGUUGAGCCGCCUGAAAUAUUGUGGAGCUUGAGAAAGCACUGCGGAAAGAGCUAAGCGCAAAAAACUACAUUCACCAAUUCCAACGACUAUUUUUCAAAUUUUAUAAUGUGUUAUCUUUUAAAACAGACUGCGAAACUAAGUUGCUGAAACUUCACUAAGGUUUAGUCUGCAGUACAACAGAAACACAGCAACUUCUCCUGUCUUUAGGAAUGCAUUUGUGAGAAUGCUGUGGCAGUUAUCACGCAUUAUAGGUGCUGAAUGAAAGGCAUAUACCGGUAUAGUCAUUCGGUGACAGCUGCAUUAAAUGGCAAGUUACAAAUUGCACUCUAAACUUCAGAGUGAUAGAGAGUAUCUUCAAUUGCUCUUGUACAAAGCUGCGUGCUGGCUGACAAAGUUUGAUAAUUGUUUUGUGUGAUAUUAGGAGGGUCCUUUUUCACAGCAUUGUAAAUACCCUGGUUAUAAAGAAUCUGAGAGGAGUCAAAGAGGAUCGCUUGAGUUUUAUGUUUAAAUCCGG